UAACCUUGCGCAGGGUAUAAAACAUGGCGGUCUUUUACCGGCGAAUUUUCGGACUCUAUCUUUUAUUUAUCUGUUUAUUUCAUAAUUUAAAAAGUGAAGUGCUGUUUUCUCAGGGAAACAAUGAAGUCCAGGUUAAUUAUCCUUUGACCAAAAUCCCACUGCCUGAUGGAUUGACGUACCCGUAUUUUGGUCAAAAUUACAAGAGCCUAUAUGUAUCAAAAGAUGGCUUUGUGGCAUUCUCUGAAUACGCUCGUUACGUCACAAGUCGGAAGUUCACAGUACGGGACGAGAAGAGUGUCAAUGCAGCCGAGGACUAUCCUUUUGUGGCACCCUUUUAUUAUGGAGGUGCACACCUUAAAUCUACUUUAGAAGGGGGAAACGCUUAUCAAGGGAAAAUUUUCUACAAUGUCUUAAAGAAAGGAGAGCGGGGGCAACGCAGAGAAUUGGAAUCUAUUGGGAGAAACAUCACAGAAUCCAUAGCUGGAGUCAGGAACUUUGACCCAAAAUUUGCACUUGUUGUCACGUGGGUAAAGGUCACAGACGAAUACAAUACUGGAGUCAUAAAAUGUACAGACGGUACAGGAAGAAAAUGUCAGGCCAACACAUUUCAAGCUGUUCUUGUGACCGAUGGUAUUCUAAGCUUUGCAAUUUUCAACUACAAAGAUAUGAAGCUUACAUUUCCGCCCUCGACAAACUACCAAGCAGGGUUCAACGGUGGCUACGGACGGGGAUGGAGUCCUGCCAUAUCUAAACAGUUUAUGUCUAAUAUCAGCAUGUUUCAAGCCAGUUCUUACAAAGGGCGCUACAUUUAUCAGAUUAAUGAGGAGCGGAUCAUUACGGGUGGAUGUGACAAUCCUGAUGGCAAAUUACAAGUCGUCCCUGACUCUGCUGGAAUGUUUGGUGGAGAAAUGGUAGAAGUUACCGGCCCUUGUUUCAAGUGGGGUUCAUCUUACUCGUUAUCAUUCGGAAACCGAAGAGAUAAAUCAGAAGACUGUUUGACAGAGGAUUAUGAUCCAACAACACUGAAAGCUCGGUGUGAGAUACCGAUUCUUACAGAGAGCGGACAAGUGACCGUUUUCAUGAAAGCAACGAAUGGUCAAAAAGAGUACAAUACCACAAUAACAAUAGUUUUGCCAAGUCGAAUGCCGACAGAGGAACGUGUACAACUUGUAAACCAAGGUCCAGGAUCCCUAUGGAAUGACACUUCUGCAGCAUCAUUGUAUUUGCAGUGGAACCCGCGAAUUUUGUCUAACCACUCGAAUGCCAAAGUGUCAGUAAAUUUGCGUGGAUAUAGCGAGGAAAAGAAAUCCUGGGACCUCACGAUUCCUAUAACUAAGGAUCCCAUCCCUGUCAGCCGUGGAAGUUACCGAUUCAACACUGAAGACAUCAGCUGUGAUGAACGAUGUCAAGGUUAUGAAGUUGGUGUCAUUGAGGUCAAACUCGAGGAUCCACGAAUGGCCAUCAAAUAUAGAGUGUUACGUAGCAGACCGACAACACUUGGAUGGCUCGUCAGCAGAGGAAUGGUGGCUCGAUACGGAGAUUCCUGGCCGGUCGAGAAGUGCCAAGCCUGGUAUCAAAAAGACAUAAAGGACAGAUCUUGGUUAAAUUUUAUCCCGGCAUGCCCUUGUAAUCUUCAACAGGCUCUUGCAGAUAUUGGAAGAUGGUACAAAGAUCAUGGAUGUAAUCUUUUUAGUAAAAGUCCGCUUAAUUGCGCCCUACACAGUGCUGCUGUUCACUGUGUACGCUCAGUACAACCAAACGUACAUGGAGCAGGAAAUCAGUGUUGCUACAGAGCUGAUGGAACUCUGAUUUACUCAUCUGACUCAUACCAAGGAAGCACUCUUGAUCGAGCCCAAGUACCCUCUAUGUCUCACUGGGUCCAUGACAUAGUCCCCUUCUUUUACUGUUGUAUGUGGACAGGAUUCUCGGCCGACUGUGACAAAUAUAUGGCAGCCCGACCAACUUUGCAAUGCACAGGGUACUCCCCGCCAAAACAAGCAAUGGUUUUUGGUCAAGGGAAUGUUAGAACGUUUGACAAUGAUAGUUACUUUGUGUGUGGAGAGGGAGAUUUUAUAUUACUGGAAUCGACACCUGUUACAAUUGAAGGCCGAUUCCAGAAAUCCCCAUUUAGUCAGAACUACAAUUCCACAAUACUGACUGACGUUGGAAUCCGAUCCGGAAAUGACGUCAUUGAAAUAAGAAUGAAAGGACCCAAUGCAGAUCGUUCGAAACGCAUUUUAGAUGUCCUUGUAAAUGGGGAAUACCAAUUCUUUGAUAAUGGUCCGCUUCAAUGGAAAGACUUCACAGACUCAGUCAUUGUGAACAGCGAUGAUCCUUCCAACACUAAGGAGUCUAAUGUGACAGUGAUAACAAAGAACGGGAUCGGGGUACAAGUGGCAGAAAAUCACCAAAGACUGUCUCUGUUGGUUAUGAUUCCUCCUGGGUAUGAAAGCUCGGGUUUACUUGGUAGAUGGAACAAUGACUCUGUCGACGAUCUAACACCCCGAAAUUCAAAAUUCUCUGUGUUACAUAGAAACCCUAAGGAUAUCUACAGCAAGUUUGUCUUUUCAUGGGCUAUCACCAAAAACAAAGGAACCUUGAGCUCCACAAUCGUUCCUUUCCCAGUGUUUGCCACUAACAAGACGGAUAUGUGUUUCGAACACUCUCAAGAAAUGACUCAAUGUUAUGGUGACAAAUCUUGUAACCAUGACUACUGGACAACAAUGAACAUGACCUUAGCAUACCAAACAAUGCAUUUAUCGUCACGUUACGACCAGAUACAAGAUGAAAGACGACUAGUGCGGUCCUGUGGUCUGUUAGAUGUCCCACAAAGUAUUAAGGAUAAUUAUAACUACAGUCUGGGCAACACCGUGGUGAUCACGGGCUGUAGGCGGGGAGAGUUAACAGGAGAAAAGGUUUACAAAUGUACAGCAACAGGCGAGGAGAAUUCUUAUACGCAAAGCUGGACCCCUGAAGUCACUGCCUCUUGCGAGGGACCUCCUGAGCAGAAUAUAACGAUGAUUAUUGGUAUCGUCGUCGCUAUAGUGGUUGUACUUAUCAUUGUGAUCGUCAUUGCAGUGAUUCUGAAAAAGAAAAGAAGUGGCUCAAUGAAAGGGUCAGGGAAAAAGGAGACAAGUCACGAUACACAACAAUACAGUGUGGUAGCCCAGAAAGAAUAAACAUCACGUGCAAUAUUAAGCCAAUCAGGAGG